GCAUAUGAUUAUCGGAUUGUACAAACAUCACUUAUCAUUAUGCUAUCGGGCUAACAACCCGAUAGCAUAUUAAUGUCAAUUAUUAAUUGGCAUUAAUAUGCUAUCGGGGUAUUAACCCGAUAGCAUAUUAAAUGCUAUAAGUCAUCGGGUUAUUAGCCGAUACAUACUUGCUAUCGGGUGCAUAACCAUUGGCACCGGUUCACAUCUGUUAUCAGGCGUAAUUAUAUCGGGCAUAUUUGUUAUCGGGUUUAAUGAAUACACCGCUUCAUUUGGAAUUAACAUUAGUUAACAACUGCACCGGUUGGAUUACAUACAUCGUGCACUUUGAAUCAUCGGUGUUUAUAUGAACCGAUUCAUUACAUUGAUCAGUCAUUAUAUUAUGAUAUUACAAUAUGCUAUCGGGUGUUUUGAACCGAUAAUCAGCAUUGUGUUAAUGGUAUAAUUACAAAGGCACCGAUCAAUGGGUGCAUUGAUCGGUCAUGCCUAAAAGGCAUGACCGGUCAAUACACCAAUUGACCGGUUGCCUAAAUGAUAUAUAUGCCAAUUGAAUUCAUUUGGAGUAGACAUAGAAAAUAUUAAAUGAUCUCUCCUCUUCAGACCUGCAGAUAAAAUCAGAAUUAUCAGACAUUGACAUAAUUCCUCAUAUCCAUUUAUAGCAUACAUAGUUCAUAACUUGUUCUUUAAUUGAAAUUGAAAUAACUUUACAUGAACAUCAUACGCUUACCUUAGGAGAUUGCACUAAACUUUGUGGAGUUGUUGCUUUGCAUGGCAAAGCGAAGUCUAGUUGAAUUUCACUAUAUCAUUCGUAGUUCCUUACAUUCUUAGGUUUAGAUUAGCUUUCUUAACCCUUUAUCCUUUUGUUAUUUUUUCAAGUUAAGUAAAUUCCACGUUUCAGCAGUGCUUGAGCAUUCAAGAUUCAACGCAAGUCCCCCUUGUGAUUCUAGCAAAAUCACAUAACACUGAGUCUAUCCAAGAGCACAUCAAUACCUGACAUUUGGAACCUUGGAGUCACCUCCUAUGAUCAUGAAGUUUAGCAUAAGAGGAGAUUUUGUUCAAGAGAGGAUAGAAUACUUAGUAUUUUAUUUUGUGUUGCAUGGUGCAUAAAAACACAUCAACAGUACCCUUAUCCCAUCUAACUCCACCUAUACUCCAAACUUGUCACUCAUAUUAAUGAGGACUUUUGAAGUGGUAAAUCAAGUCCCAGGGCUUUUAUUAUGCAUCCAAUUGGCCCCCACCCUAGGGGUAUAGAUUGUAGGGCUUUGUUUUCACAUUUUAAACAAUGAAAUUGAUCAAAUCGUACCAUUUAAAGACCCACAAUGAUAAACCUUAUUAACACAUCUAUAUCAAAUAAUAAUACCUCAUUUUCUUUUAAGUAAAAAAUGGUUAACUUAUGACUUCUCAUAGAGGAAAAUGACUUGGAAUAGGUGUUUCUCCCAUAAUCCUCAUUACUUUCUUGCACAUAGCCAACACAUUCACAAGCAUAGUUAGACCACAAUAAUAAAUCAUAAUUUGUUGAUAUCAAUUUUUCAUAAAGCUUACUAAGGAAUACUAAGAAUAUUGCCAUACAUUCAUCUCAUUUUUAAUCGCCCAAUUUAAUUAACCAUAUAUUGAAGAAAAGAAUGUAACAAUUUAGAGUUGUAUUAGCUAUAUACAAGGCUGGGUGUUACAAAAGCCCCUUUAAUGCAGAACACACUAUAACAUGGUUCACCAGUGAGAGCAGCAAGAGUGCCUCCUAUAGGUUCUCAAACAUUUUCUAUUUCAUUUUCAAAACCAGCUCCGUCAUUUUCAGAAUCUUUAUCGGAGACUACUUCAAUGCAAUGUAUUUGCCCAUUUCCUAAGCAUCGAUGUCCCGGCUGCCAUGGUUCCUUGCAUGUGAAACAUAACUUUCUCCUCCUCAAUUCAUUUCUACUUACAUCCAUUUUCCUUGUAUUUUCUAUAGGCAUCCUCAGGGGUAUUGAACUCCUUUGGAAACGCUUUUUGGUUUGCAUAAGUGGGGUUGUCCUCUUGCCACUAAGGCUGCCCCUUGCCAUCGAAUCUUCUAAGUUGAGAGCUUUUGUGAUGGCUUCUUGGAAAGUUGUAGGGUUUAAGGCUUUUAGUAACCCUUUGAGAGGCUCAACUAAACCUUCAGCAAAGAGCACAAUCAGUCUCCUAUCAGUCACAUUGGGCACCAUUACAACAAGUUUCUAAAACUCAGCUACAUAAUCUUCCACCUUGCCUUCUUGCCUCAAUUGGGCUAGAUCCCUGAAAUGCACUUGUGGGUCUGUCCUAUCGAAUCUCUCGAUCAACCUUUGACUAAAUUCUUUUAUGGUGGAAAUGGAAUCAUGUCCUUGAGUUAUUCCAUGGUACCACCACUCAUGAGCUACUCCUUCCAACUGUAAGGUAGCGAACUUGAUGUCCUCUUCCUCCGUCAUUGGGUUCAGUGAGUAGUAAAUGUCAAGUUUUUGCAACCAUGACCGAGAUGUGGUAUUGCUUGUUCCAUUAAAAUUGGGUAUCGCGAUUUUCCCCAAGCGAUGUUGAAUGUCCUUCCUUUUCUCAUACCCUUUCCUCCUAUGUCAACUUUUUGAUUUCAGACCACAAUUAUCAGUGUAGGACAUGUUAUUUCUGACUGCUUAACUCAAGGCACUAUACUCAGCUAAUAGGCGAUCCAUUUCGUUGACCUGAUCCGGUAGGCCUUCAUCAAUUUCUUCAUUAAUAAAGAAAUUUAGCCCUGAACAUUUUGGUAUUGGUUGAGACUUUUUCCCCAUCAGCAACAGACUUUCCUCCAUUGGAAUUGCUUCCUUCUCCAUUGGCAGCAGACUUCCCUCCAUCGACAAUGCUUCCUUCACCCCUGUCAUUUUCAUGCUUAUCACCACCUUGAUUUUGAUUGAGCCAUCUUAGUGAAUGGGCCACUUCCUUUAAUGUCUCAUACACGUUGAGAUGCAGCUCCUCAGACCUCUUAAAGAAAGCCCUUGCCUCAUCAUCAGUUUCACCCAUCUUGGUACCCUUUCUCUUUUCCCUCUGCUAGUACCUCUGCUCUCUUUCACUCAUCAACAAAACCCACGACUGACAGGACUUGGCUCUAAUACCACUGAAAGAUACCUGGUCGAAACUGAAACUAACUUUUUGCAAAGCUGUCAAAACAUUGUUCUUAGAUCUAAAAGAAUUCUCAGGCAGUCGAUACAGUUCUUAUUAAUUUUCUAGAAAAUAUUUCAGAUAUAUAAAACUCAGAAUGCCAAUAGACUGCUCAGAUUUACAAUCAACACAUAUCCAAUUGCAAUAAUAGAUUAAGCUUGGAUUCAAAGCAACUCAGACUUCACAUAAAUCUUUUCACAACUUUACACCAUGCUAGUUCAAAGCCAAUAACUUCAUUCAUAGAUUUAGUCAUUCUGCAUUUUAUAACAGACUUAUGUUGCAACCUCCAUAUGACCUACGAAUAUGAAUGGAAUUGAUACAGACCGAUGCUUUGGCGUUGGCAGUCGCCAAGCCUAUUAUCGAUAUGGAGACUUCUACAACAAGUGAAACUGGACUAUUUAGAAUAGCUGUGGUUCCUCUGGAUCUGGAUCUGCAAUGGGUGCGUUGAAAUGAUUCUCCUUAUUGCUCAUGUAUCUACACUAGCUGCUAUUGAUAUCUCUGGCUUUGCCCUGUCAGAGACAAAGGCAAAGGCAGGCUGAGUCUGCUUCAGGUAUCCCAACUGGUCCUUGUCCUGUGAUAAUUGUAGGUUCCUCUUUCACAGUCUACCAGCACUCUAUUCCUCAAACUUCUUGGAUGAUGAAUAACAAGAUCAAAAUUCACCCAAACAGAAAGCUGCAAUGCUAAGUCAAACAGUUACCAAUGUAGGGUGGACAUCCUACCUGGCUUUGGCUAUGGAGAUUUUUGUCCCAAUAACCUGCGUGCACAGAGGCUAUUUGUCUAAAACCGAACAUAUCAUUUCUCCCCAGUAGACUGCCUUAUAUAGGCUUGUGUGCCGUGGUAAGGAGAUGGCCGACCUCAAGUCAGCUGGCAAAAAGACAAAAUUAAAAACAAAAUAUAUAAAUUAAACUACUGCCAAACCCAAACAAGUUGGCCUCCUAUGAUUUAGGUAAUUUAUUAAUAAUUUCAUUUAUAUACAUUUCCUAAUUUAUUUAUUUAGUUUUAAGCAAACGUGGGGUGUUAGAUAGCACCGUCAUGAGGGCGACUAGCCCCAUCAAAACGGGAUCAUGACAUGGCUCUGGAUGUGACUUGUAUUGAUAGGCUUGACUGGUGUCAAAGGAACAUUUAAUAUUAUUGCUGGAGUUUGGGAUCCAUUUUCUUGGCCAACCUUGGUGUAUUGUAUUCGUUCAGCCUUGACUGUUAAGAAAUUCCGUGUUCAGGAGUCGCUGGUACUCUUGCUUGAUAUCAGUCCAUCUAUGCAUAAUCAUCUCCAAGAUGUGGCAAGGACCGUGUCCAUACUUGUAAAGAGGAAGAUAUUUUUUAAUAAAAGUGAUGAACUAGGGCUUGUUCUCUUUGGGUCAGAAGAAGCUAAUAAUGAUUUGCAGAAGGAGGUUGGUGGCUAUGAAAGUGUGGCUGUUAAACGACCAAUAAGGGUUGUCGAGGAAGAUCUCCUUGAAUAUCUAAGUGAACUACCAAGGGGUAGAGCUCAAGGGGAUUUUCUAGAUGCUUUAGUGGUUGGAAUGGACUUGCUGAUAAAGAAACACGGAGCAGGGAUGAAGGGAAAUAAAGUGAAUAAACGCCUUUAUCUAAUCACAGGUGCUCGAUCAUUGAUUAAAGAUCCUGAUGAAGGAACAAAAGAAGAUCAGGUAGAUGUGAUUGCUAAUCAGAUGAAAGAGCAUGGUAUGAAACUUGAUGUUGUUGUUCUCCAACAGAGAAUUUCUGGACUAGCAAGCUCAAACAUAUUCCAUGAAAAUGUCUCCCUUCUAAAAAGAUUUUCUAAGAGAGCACAAGCAGAGGUGUUAAUUGUUGAAAGUCCAGUGUCAUUGUUGAGUGCAGUAAAAGCUCGUAAUAUUUCUCCAGUAACUUUAUUCAGAGGAGACCUGGAGCUGACUCCCAUGAUCAGAGUUAAGGUGUGGGUUUAUAAAAAGACAAUUCAAGAAAGGGUUCCCACUCUAAAGAAAUAUUCAGAAAAGGCACCUCCAAAUGAUUCUUUUGCAUCACGAGAAGUGAAGAUGGAUUUUGAGUACAAAAGCAGGGAAGAUCCGGACAAGACAAUUCCUCCAGAGCAAAGGAUUAAGGGAUUUCGUUAUGGGCCACAAGUGGUUCCUAUUUCCACAAUGGAAGAAGAUACACUCCGGUUCAAGCCUGAGAAGGGCCUGAAGCUUUUGUGUUUUACAGACACAUCAAAUGUUCCAAGGCACUAUUAUUUGAAAGAUACAAAUAUUAUUGUCCCAGAACCAGGCAAUACCAUGGCCAUUCUUGCAGUUUCUGCUGUGGCUAGGGCAAUGGAAGAUACCAAAAAAGUGGCCAUUGUGCGUUGUAUUUGGAGACAGGGACAAAAACAAGCUGUACUUGGUCUUUUGACUCCAAAUUUAUCCUCCUCUGAAAAUGUUGCAGAUUCGUUUUAUUUGAAUGUAAUUCCUUUUGCUGAGGACAUUAGAGAAUUCCCAUUUGCUUCUUUCAACGAUUUUCCUCCAUCACAGCAACCUAAUGAUUCCCAGCAAGAGGCAGCAGAUAAUUUCGUUAGAAUGUUUGACUUGGCACCACCUGGAAGAGAGGAGAUACUACAACCAGAGUUAACAUUGAACCCAGUUUUAGAGCGAUUCUACAGUUCUCUUGAUGCAAAAUUGAGGAAUCCAGAUGCAGAUGUUCCUCCAGUUGAUGAUCUUCUUAUGAGGAUAGUUGAGCCUGACCCAGAGAUUGUUUCUGAAAAUGAGUUUGCUUUAAAUAGAUUUUGUAGCCAGUUUCAAUUGAAAGUGAAUCCAAAGAAAGACAAAAUGUCCAAGAGAUUUUGGAGGGACAAAGCCCCAUUGUCUGAAGAGGUUGGUAAAGAUGAUUCCGUUGACCUGCAAAGUGAUAUCUCCUUUGAAAGUCUUGCAGCUAGGAAAGUAGAAGAAGUUGGAGGCUUGACACCAGUUCAAGAUUUUGAAGCUAUGUUGGCACGCCGUGAUAGUGAUGAAUGGGUUCCUAAAGCAAUCCGAGAAAUGAAAAAACUCAUCAGUGAUCUGUUGGACAACUCUUACAAUGGAAACACAUACAGUAAAGCUCUGGAUUGUCUACUUGCACUGCGAAGUGGAUGUGUUCAACAAGAGGAACCAAUGGGAUUCAAUAAUUUCAUGCGUGAACUAGCAAUUAAAUGCCGGAGUAAAAGACUCAAUGAUUUUUGGGAGCUAAUAGUUUCCAAGAAUCUGACUUUGAUAAACAAGGGUGAAGCAGCUGAUAGUGAUGUCACCGAAGAAGAAGCGAAAGCAAUUUUAGCUGAAGGUAAUGCAGGCCGAGCACCGGACCAGCCACCAGAAGUUGAUGAAAUGGAACUACUACUUGGUGAAGUAGUGUGAGUAAUUAAGAUACAGCAUGAGAUGCAAAUUUUGUAUAUUGAAAAGGAAAUGAAAGAGAAGUUGUGUACGUAACUGCCAUCAUAAGAUCAGAUGUAAUUGACAGCUACACUAUGCAUGUUUCUUGUAGCUGUUAUUACUUUUAUAAAUUAAUCCACUAGUAUAGGUCACUUAUCAUUUUCCAUGUUUGAGUUGACCAGAUAUUAUCUAUCUAAAGUGGGGUUAUAUUAUUAAUCAAAUUGCAAAGUAAGCCCAACUAGGAUUGGGAUAUCAAGUUCAUUUUGUUUUACAGGCCACUUUGAGAGUCUGCAAA